UAACCAGUCCAGGAGCUCACUCAGCCAGGGCAUGGGAUUUGAUAUCACCUUAGUGCAUCGAGAAUCUGGUUCUCCCCUCCAUCUCCAGCAUGUCUUUCAAUUCUUUUAGAGCUUCUUUUCAGAACUUGCUGUUCUGACAACCUACAGAGUAGUGACUGAACCAUCAUUCCCAGGGAAGUCUCACCAUGAUGCUGUAUGAGAUUAAUGUGACCUGGCAGAGAGAACACAUCAGCGAGGUGCUUGAGACGGAAGGGAUUUCCUCCAUGGUGCUGGAAUCAGCUAUGUAGCCUUCUGCCCACAGCUUGCUGCAGCGUGGUCCCCCGCAUGGAUUCAUCUGUGACCGCUGCCUUCAAGCUUGCUAGUGACUUAUCCUCCUCACCCAGUCUGCUGUUUCUAUUGACAGUCCAUCCACAAACUGCUCCAAGACCACCAUUUCCUGAAGCUGCAUCGGUCAGUUGCAACCACCAUGUGGCUGUGUUUUUCAGCUGCUGGGUGUAAAUGAUCGAGGAAUGAACAGUUCCCACUGUAGUGCCUCUCAACUGGCAGUGAUGAUCUUUGGGGGGCCAGUUCAGUUCACUUUCCAGAUGACUGGAACCCAAUUUCCAUACAAUUUGAGCACUCAAAGUGCUUUUGUUAUGACAAGCCUCAUUUACACAUACAUUCAUUCAGUGCUUUUUUUCUAAUCCUAAGUACUUUUAAUGAUCAUACACUCAAACUUCGAUGGAUGCAUCUGGGGCAACAUCAGGGUUCAGUAUCUUUCCCAAGGAUGCUUUGAACUGCAGGUUGGAUCAAACCACCCGCCUUCUAAAUACUAGACUGAUAUCACCAUACCUCCUAAGCCACAGCCGUGAAGCAAGUAGGAAGUGCACAGCCAACUCCUCUGACUGGCAUCUGUGCCAGAUCAGCCGCCUGCUACACUAGCUGUGAUUCCAACAUUUCUGUUACUGUUUGCAGUGUAGCAGUGUACCUCAAUAACUAAAGAGAGAGGAGAUUUUAAUUACACUCAGUUCUUUAUUAUCAAACAAAGAGGAAUCAUUACUUCUGGUCCUGCACAAACUACAUGAGGAGAGAGAAUGAUUAGGAAACACAUGUCAGGUGUGCCAUUCCUCCUAACCUCUGCUACAUCCUCAACCAUCCACCCCCCCACUACAGCCAAUACUUCACCAGCACAGAGCCAUGUUAAAUUAUAUGACUAAGCAGUAACACGAAACACCUAACUUAACCAGUUAUGUUGACAAGAUGGAGCUGGUUGGCAGUUUCAUCAAUAAAUCGAGUGCUUAGGAAUUUGGCUAGUGACAAGCAACAAAUGGGCACAGUGGGAGCUGAAGGGAUGUUUGACAAACUCAAGAUGCUCAAUGCACAAAGCAGCUGGGGAGGACGCUCAGGAUGGUAUCCUGGGACUGCACUCUCUGCCACUGAGUGUCCGCAGGCAGAGGGAGGGGAGAACACAGUAUCAGUCAGUACCAAUGGUGAGGACUCAGAAGAGACUCAGAUGAGACUACAGCUGAAGAGGAAACUCCAGAGAAAUAGAACAUCUUUUACACAGGACCAAAUAGAAGCACUAGAAAAAGAAUUUGAAAGGACACACUAUCCAGAUGUGUUUGCCCGAGAACGCCUCGCCAACAAAAUAGACCUUCCAGAGGCAAGAAUACAGGUUUGGUUUUCCAACAGACGAGCAAAAUGGAGAAGAGAGGAAAAGCUGAGAAAUCAACGUCGUCAGGUGUCCAGCUCUUCAAACCAUAUUCCAAUCAGUAGCAGCUUUAACACCAGUGUUUACCAGCCUCUACCACAGCCUACUACACCAGUGUCCUUUUCAUCAGGAUCCAUGCUGGGAAGGUCAGAUCCAGUUCUGUCCAACAGCUAUAGCCUCCCAGCAAUGCCCAGCUUCAGUAUGGCUGCCAGCCUGCCUAUGCAAACAUCCAACCAGACCUCUUAUUCCUGCAUGCUGCCCACCAGCCCCACUGUAAAUGGAAGAAGUUAUGAGACAUAUACUCCUCCACACAUGCAGCCACACAUCAGCCAAUCAAUGACAUCGUCUGCAACGUCGUCGGCAGGUUUGAUUUCCCCUGGUGUCUCAGUUCCAGUUCAAGUUCCAGGAAAUGAAACAGACAUGUCACAGUACUGGCCACGCCUGUAGUGAUGAAAGGCAAUUAUUCAUGCCUGCUGUGAUCAUCAACAGUGAAUUCAACCACGGGACGGUUGGGGUCUCAUCAAAAUGGAAACUAUUCCUUCUUGCUCCAGUUUGAAUGUAAAAAAAAAGGACUUCAGCAAAUACGUAUGAAAUAUAAAUUACUCUUAUUAAUGCUUGUGAAGAAACAGGAUGCAAGGAUUUUAAAUGGUUUUCAGAAUUUGAAGGAUUUUAAUGUUGCUGCAAAACAGUACAAGUUCAACUGUAAGUGGAUCAAAAGUUUUCGGGACAUCAUGUUUAUCAGCUACCGUUCAGAGUCUGGAUGGUGUGGAUGCUUUGUCCAGAAUGCAAGCUGUUACCUGAGUGGUACUGAGGAAGCUCAGGAAAGUGGAUCCUUCCCCUGGUGAUUAUAACCUCCAGACAGAAAUAAACUCCUGAGAGUCCACUGGGAGAGUUUGUGGGAAGACACAUUACCUCUACUUUAAGUUGGUCAUUUUUAUCAUACCGGCGUGUUUGUAGAAAACCAAGGAUGUUAACUGAAAUGUAAAGGGAAGAACUUAAUGAAACUUGAAGCUGUCUGCUGUGAUUGUUUUCAUAAGCAGAUUCCAAAAGCCUUGGCCUGGAAUGUGUAUAGAAUUUCAGAAUGGGAAUUCUGGUGAUAUGUGUUUUGUAUUGUAGAAGUCCCAACACAGGCAUGGACUCUGAUCUUAAACUGAAAAAUUAUGUCUUUGUUGGGGAAAGAUUGUUCCAGUUCCAAAGGUCUAAUGUCCAGAAACUCAUCAAUUUAUGAAGCCUGAAGGUAAAAACACUUAAAAAAAAAAUAAAAGAGUGAAAAUUGGAUUCAGUCUGGGAUAUAAACCUGUUUCUAAUUUCAAGUGUAAAGUAUUUGUCUUCUCAAGUUAUUUGGGAGGUUUUCCAAAAUAAAGUUAUUUCAAUUAAA